AUGAAUGACCUAUUGAGACUGGGCAGUAAUCGACCGCUGACCGAAGAGGAUUUAUUUCCUCUUCUUGAAGGCUACGAAGCCGAGGUGGUGGUAAGGAAAGCGGAGAAAUGUUGGUUGGACGAAUUAAAAAAGAGUCAAUCAGGAGACAAAAAACCGCGGCUGUGGAAAGCAAUGUUGAGAUUGAUCCCUUGGAAAUCAGCUGUUAUGAUUAUCGUCUUAAGAACAUUCUGGGCUUUGAGCUUUGCGUUUCAGCCUUUGUCUCUUUGGCUUCUGUUGAAGACGUUGAAUGAUGAGCCAAAUAUGGACAUGAAGCUCGCCAUAAUCAGUGUGGUACUGUUGGGAACAGCAACCUUAGUGAAAGUUAUAUCAACGCAUCACUAUGACUACCUUACUGAAUUGUGGGCAUUGAAGCUGAAGGUGGCGUUAAUUGGACUCGUUUACAAGAAGAUUGUGUGGAUAUCCAUCAAUCUCCAAGACGCCCACAGAUGCAUAGCAGUUACAACUCAGGAUCCGGUGCUAUUUGGAGGUACCUUAAGAAGGAACAUAGAUCCAUUCUCGAAGUAUUCGGAUCAAUACCGUUGGACCGCUCUGGAGGAAGUGCAGUUAAAGACGCUUGUUGCAGAACUGCCAGGACAGCUCGAGUUCAAGCUGAAAGAGUGCGGAACAAACUUAAGCGUCGGUGAGAGGCAAUUGGUGUGCUUGGCUCGUGCAUUGGUCCAGAAGAGCAAGAUCAUCAUCAUGGAUGAAGCCACCGCUAAUGUGGAAUUCAAGACUGACCGUCUGAUCGAGAAAGUCAUUCGUGACAAGUUUAAGGAUUCCACAGUCAUUACUAUUGCUCAUCGACUGAACACCAUCCUGGAUUAUGACAAGAUGCUGGUUCUCGACGACGGACGUGUGGUAGGCUCGAUUACUAGCCGCUGUUCGGGAAAGGAGCCCGCGCUCCUCCCCCGAAGUCUCUUUUCGGGGAUCGGAGGUACGUAGACCGGACACGAGAGGGCGGCGGAAAUCGAGCCUAAACGUGUGGUGGAGUUUGACAAACCUGAUGUGUUGAUAAGAAAAGGUGGACUGUAUGCUGAAAUGGUCAGACGCCAGACACAAAGAGGGAAAGACUGAACCUAACAAGAAUACAUGCAUGUAGUGACUAAAGGCGUAAAUAAACACAAAUGAAAUAAAAAGUCAAAGAUGCUGUAGGGGGUCAAAACUGGACAAAUAUUUGAUCGGAUGAAACUAUGAAGGUAAACCGAGAUUUUUCAGUGACGGUCAACAUUAACCCGCGCAACACCGAAAAGGGUAAACUUAGUCAGCUUCGACGCUUAUCCUCAUAGCCAAGGUUAAAGCAACUUACCAAAUUGAACAGACAGUUUCAGCUACUAGCAAUAAAUUGGUAAAACAUUUUACAAAAUGGACCAAAUUUCUACCCUGCUUCAACUAACUGUUUAGUCUUUUUGUGAUAGUGUAUGUGGAGAUGUUUAAAGCAGGAGCUGCCAUGCCCUCUCAUGAUUGUUGAUUGUGACAGUACUUCACUAUCAAAUCUCGCACGCCCCUUCCUCUUCAAGAUCUGACUCGAUCCCCUCAGACUACGAUUCCACAUUCUUCAUUUGACUCACCCGCGGUGAACUUAAUUCGCUUCUUGCAUAGCUCCUCGUGAGCAAUCUAUCUUUGCGACCAGAGCAACGAUUGAUCUUCAUUUCCUCUUCCCAAAAACACAUUCAGCCAAUUCGCUUUUAGGAAUGGAACAAACUGAUAUUGCCGGCGCUCUUAUCUUUCUCGCGUUCCAUAUACAAACAAACAAACGAUCAUUGACUAGGGAUCGCUAGGGGCAGUCCACUCAAACAACUAAAGACUAACGAACAGAUAGCAACACGACAAAACAUUGUCACGCAAUAAACGAGUUUCCGACCAUGAGCACUGAACGUUAUAUGUAAAGCUGCUGUACCUUUCCUUGCGCAUUUAACAAGCGUAUGGAAUCUCUGUAGUCGGUCAAUUAAGUUUUUAUCUGGAAGUUUCACAAUUGGUUGUUUAGG